AUGAAGGCGGGUUGUUUGUUACUGUUGUUGGCAGCCGCGGCUGCAGUCAUGGUUGGACAAGCAGCGGGUCAGGGUUGCAGCUACACUUUCUUCUCAUCACUUGUUCAGCUCAUACCGUGCAGGCCGGCUGUUUCGCCAUUCAGCCCCAUACCACCUAGUGAAGCCUGUUGCAACUCUGUCAGAAUGCUUGGCCGUACUUGUUUGUGUGUCCUAGUGAACGGCCCUCCCAUAUCUGGUGUCGACCGCAAUAUGGCGAUGGAGCUGCCCGCUAAAUGCACUGCUAAUUUUGAACCAUGUAAUCUUUGGACACCGUGAAGCCGGCAGAC